GCAAACGGACCUUGAAACUUCUCCCCAGGUGUCGGCUUAUCCAUUUUGAGCCCCCGCAUGAGUCUUCCACAGCAGGUCCGCCGCAUGCACUGCGACCUGUCCGGAACUCAUUUGUUCUCUCCCUCAGCCCUCUAGCUUCGAUAUCGGCCCUGUCAUGGCUCCAGGUGCCGGAGGAAAGAGAAAAAGAGGCGAUCGAACGUGGUCUGGCGAUUCCGGGAACGACGGUUCACGACCAUCCCCCCAUCGACCAGGUAAUCUCAAUAUGGCGCAACACAAUCACGGCCCGCAGUCUCGCGACUACGACUCGCGUGGCCGCGGACGGAGGCCUCCCGGUCGAGGAAGAGGAGGCAAUAUGAAUAUGGGUCGACGUCCCAGUGGCGAUAGCCAGAACUUCCCCGGCGGUCGGAGGGACACGGCCAUGUCCCCGCCCAGCAGCGCGCCCGCGAAAGAUGUGCCUGAAUCAAAUCAGAUUAACGGAAUUUCUGCGAAUGCCGACCAGAACAAACCUCCUCCAUCACCUUCACCUGUAAAUCCAUCGGCCCAGUCACAGCCGCAACCUCAGACGCAGACCCAACCGUCGCCUGCGCCAACGCCCGCUCCUGCGCCUCCAAUGCAACGAUCAAAUGCUCCCGUGCAGCCUCCUCCCGGCCCACCACAACCGUACGACUACGAGUACGUUACACAAUCAGUGAUCGAUCACUGGGCCGCCUCUGGUAGAAAGGAAGUCGUGGAGAAGGGUAUCCAAGCGAAAAACACGCAAGAUGCGUCUGGUCUGGCGUCCGUAUACCAGGAGCUUAUCCGCUCAGCCCUGUACGGCCGACUACCACCAGACCACGCGGGCUCAGCAGUUAGAGACAUCAUUGGCGAUGAUGUUACUGUGGAGAACGUUGACAUGAACGGGGAGCAAUCGACUUCAAGCACCCUUGACACGCAAUCUCUUUUCCUAGACACCCUGUCCAUUCUUACCGAUUCCGACACGUCAAACAAUGCCCUGAGACCGCUUGUUUACUCCACUGGCAUCAACCCAGCUCUUAUGCGCGUGCAGCUCGACACACAACUCCUUCAAUCGCUCGGACUCGUCCGCGAAACCUUUACCCGUAUGGGCAUUCGCAAGCAGACCAACCUCUUGUACCGACAGUCAAACUACAAUCUUCUACGCGAGGAAUCUGAAGGUUAUUCUAAGCUUCUAACCGAACUUUUUACGACAAGUAACAAUGAGCCUCCAUCCAGUGAAGUGGUGGAAGACACCUUCGAAAAGGUGAAGGCGAUGAUCGGUGCUUUCGACAUGGAUGUUGGCCGUGUACUCGACGUCACUCUUGAUGUCUUCGCAGCGGUCCUGGUGAAACAGUAUCGCUUCUUCGUCAAACUCUUGCGAGCUAGUUCAUGGUGGCCGAAGGAGGACAACUUCCGCAAUAUGGAAGGUGGAAACCGCGAUUCUGGUCUCCCCAAAUGGGCUCUACCCGGAUCGACUGGGUGGGCGACUACAGAUGAAGAGCGAGCCGACAUCAUGGUUGCGAACGAACAGCGCGAUCGCGACUUUUGGAACCGGGUGAGAGAGAUCGGGAUCCGGGCUUUCUUUGAGAUUGGCCGACGACCUGUUACUCAGGAAGAGGUACAGCGGAUACUUCCUGAAAGCCACAGUCUUUCUGAGGAAGAAAAGUCAAUGCGAAAGUGGAUCGAGGAGACAGGCACAUUGCCGCCAAAAGGUAGUCGAGUCGCGGCUCAGCUUCUCGGUUUCAAGUUACGCUUCUACUCUUCCAAGGCUCGCUCAAAGUCAGACGUUCUUCCAGAUAAUCUCAUCUACCUGGCAGCUCUGCUGAUCAAAGUGGGCUUUAUCUCCCUGCGCGACCUAUACCUUCAUCUCUGGAGACCAGAUGACUCAAUGGAUACAUUGAAGGAGGAAAAGCUCAUGGAGAAGGCUGAGAGAGAGAGAGCUGCACGUCCGGGAGGUGGUGUCAAUGCUUUGAUGAUGGCCGGUGCCCUAUCGGAUGAUACUCUCCCCAUGCCUCGCAUUCGUGAAUCCGAGCCCCGGUCUGCCACUCCCGGAAAGGAACAAGAAGCAGACAAAGCUGCCGCUGCGAAGGCAGAAGAGGAGGAGCUGCCGGAACCUUCAGACCAGAAGGUUAUGCUAUUGAAAAGUCUAUUGGCAAUCGGCGCCCUUCCAGAGUCUUUGUUCAUCCUCAGCAAAUUCCCUUGGCUCAUGGACGUCUAUCCGGAGCUCCCGGAAUUCAUUCACCGUAUUCUUCAUCACUGUCUUAGCAAGGUCUAUGCUUCGUUGCGUCCCUUACCCUCUGCUGAGGGGCUUAACGAACAGAAGCAAAUCCCGAGCCAAGAUCAGGCAGGCCUGGCAAAGGGUCAGAUUCGUCUGGCUCAGGCACCACCACGGCGCGUCCUGCGAUGGGCACAGCUAGACAAGGAGGAUACCAACGACGGAACCGACUAUCGAUUCUACUGGGAUGACUGGGCUGACAAUGUUCCCAUUUGCCAGUCGGUUGAUGACGUUUUCGCGCUCUGCUCUUCAUUUCUCAAUCUAUCAGGUCAUAAGAUCGGCCAGGACUCUACUCUGCUCUCGAAACUUGCGCGAAUCGGGAAGGAUAGUCUCAGCAAAGACGAUUCCCCCGAAAAUAGGGCGCGUUGGCAGGAUCUUUGCAAAAGGCUUCUGGUUCCGUCCAUUAGUCUUACAAAAGCUAAUCCUGGAGUUGUGAAUGAAAUCUUCGAUCUCGUCAGCUUAUUCUCCAGAGAGACCCGUUACAACAUGUACGCGGAGUGGAACUCAGGACAAACGUCUCGACUACCGGACCUCAAAGCCGCCUUCGACCAAGCAAGAGCCGAGACGAAAGACGUCCUAAAGCGACUGAGCAAGACAAACAUUCGUCCAAUGGCUCGUGCCUUGGCCAAGAUUGCUUAUGCGAACCCUGGAAUUGUCAUUAAUGUCGCCAUCAACCAGAUUGAAUCUUACGAGAAUCUUAUCGAAGUUGUUGUGGAAUGCGCACGCUACUUCACUUACCUUGGAUAUGAUAUUCUGACCUGGGCUCUGAUCAGUUCUCUUGGCCAGAAGGGUCGAAGCCGUGUACAAGAAAGUGGUCUAUUGACUAGUCGAUGGUUGAACGCCUUGUCCACCUUUGCAGGCAGAACCUUCAAAAGAUAUUCUGUCAUGGACCCGGCUCCUUUGCUGCAGUACGUCGUCGAGCAGCUGCGGCAAGGCAAUUCAACGGAUCUCAUCGUCUUGGAGCAAUUGAUCAGUUCCAUGGCAGGCAUUAUCACAGACACCAAUUUCAACGAGGCACAAAUCCAGGCCAUGGCCGGUGGCGAGGUCCUUCGAGCUCAAACUAUCCUUCAGCUGCUAGACAAACGUCACGAAUCCAAAAUGACCUCGAGACGACUCAUGAAAUCUUUGACAGUAUCUAAACUCGCUGGCCAGCUACUUAUUGCUAUUGCUCAGGAGCGCCUGACAUGUAUCUUCAAGGAAACUGAGGGCGCUUCGGAGCUGAAGCUGCUGGGUAACAUUUUUGACGAGAUUCAUCGCAUUCUGACACAGUACCUCGAUCUUCUUCGUAGCAAUCUCACUGUCGAGGAGUUCGAUUCUUUCGUCCCCGAUUUGGCAUCCCUCAUCGGUGAAUAUGGCAUUCAACCAGAGGUGGCCUUUUGGAUUCGAAGGCCAAGUAUCGCGCUGAAGAUUGCGGACAUCGAAAAGGAAGGGCAGGAUGAGGAUGCGGGGGCAGCGCAUCGGGACUCAGAGGACAAGCGUCAGCUCAAGAUUGAGGGUGAUAAGAUGGAUACAGGAGAAGAUGGAGAGACAACCCCUGCUGCAGUGGAGCCAUCAGCGGAGCACACUAUGGAAGUGGACCAGGAGAAACCCGAGCCUGCAGAUAAUGCACAGGGCAAUGCUGAAACAACCACUGCCAUCCCCGCACCCGCUGAGGCGCCAUCUCUCAAUCCAGUCAUUCAAGACCUCCACGAUCAGAUUAGGGCGGCCCUACCUACUGAAACCUGGGGUACUGUCGGUCUUCAUUUCUACGUCACCUUCUGGCAACUGUCACUUUACGAUGUUCACAUUCCGCAAAAAGCUUACGAAGAUGAAAUUGAUCGCCAGAAACGUAAAGUCAUCGCGAUCAAUAAUGACCGUUCCGACAUCAGCAUGGCCGGCACGCAAAGAAAGGAGCGUGAGAAGAAGCAACUGACACAACUGCAGGAUCGGAUCCUAGAGGAGAACAAAGCUCAUCUGAAGGCCUAUGGUCAAACAAGGACGAAACUGCAGAAAGAGAAAGACCGAUGGUUUGUGGGCAUGCGCGGCAAGCACGAUGCUCUCAACGUUGCUCUGUUGGAGCAGUGUUUCUUGCCUCGUUUGCUCUUAUCAUCCGUCGAUGCGUUCUAUUGUUUCAAGAUGCUCAAGUUUCUUCAUACAACGGGUGCCCCCAAUUUCCGGACAGUCGGCCUUUUAGAUCAACUUUUCAAGGAGCAACGGCUGACAGCCUUGAUCUUUCAGUGCACAUCCAAGGAGGCGGACAAUCUUGGUCGAUUCCUGAACGAGGUCAUCCGCGAUCUCAGUCGCUGGCAUGCAGACAAGACGGUCUAUGAGAAGGAAGCCUUCGGAAAUAAGAAAGAUCUUCCAGGUUUCGCCAUGAAUGUUGACCUCGAAGGGAAACCCACCACUUUCCUCGAUUAUGAGGAUUUCCGGCGACUGCUGUACAAAUGGCACCGUCUUCUGGCGUCCGCAUUGAAGACAUGCUUGAACGGAGGAGAAUACAUGCACAUUCGUAACUCUAUCAGUGUGCUGAAGGCUGUCGUUCAGCAUUUCCCUGCUGUGAACUGGAUUGGUCGAGAUAUGCACAAAAGCAUGAAAGAACUUAGCGAGACGGAUGAACGUGAUGAUGUCAAGAUCCCCGCUGCUUCGCUCAUUGGUGAUCUCAACCGACGCGAAAAGAAAUGGUUACUUCCCCAGGCGUUCAAUAUCGCCCAUCAACCGGCGCCGGGCAAGGCAAUUGCACCCAACGCCACAGGAAAGCCCGGUACCCCACGGCCUCAAUCUGGAACCCCGGCUUCUUUGAAUGCUUCUGCGCCCGAAUUCAAACCCACAGCUGCCAAUGAAAAUCAAGACGCUAUAAACGCCGAGGCUUUAACUCGUGUAGAGGUUGAAGAUGGUGAGAUUGAGGAUGCGAAAAUGGCCGAUGCUCCAGUAAGGAAUGCGGAAGAAAGUACCCAAUCAGCUCAACAAGCCGAGACGUCUGAUACCACCGCCGCUUCUCAGCCUAAUGCAGCUGAAGCCCAACCUACCGAAACGACAGAACCGAGUGGCCGCGCUCAGGCCUUGGACGAUAAAGAGACACCUUCUCUUGCUGCAGCGCCAUCUGAAGGCGAACCUGCUCCUCGCCCCCACGUUCCUGCAUUGCCUGCCGAGUCGUCAGCUGCAUCUAAAGGUCCUGAGCUUAGUAGGCCACCGCCCAAUAUCCCAAAGCGCCCCGACUUCGACAGAGCUCCAUCCGGGACACCUAACACCCGUACUCAAACGCACCUGCCUAACCGGCGACUGCCCCCACGACCUGAUCUAAUGGAGAAUCGACGUGAGCGACAUCAAGAAUAUCCCCGUGGCGGUCGAUUCGACGGGGAACACGAAUUCAAUCGACCAUUUGAUCCAGCGAUGGGCGAUGGGCGGGCAUAUGGUCGCCUUGAUCGGGACUUCCCCGGGCGGCCUCCUGUAGACGAGCCGUUCCGUGGCCCUCCUCUUCGAGAUGGACGCUCUCUCCGGGAGAACGACUGGCCAGAUCGGACUGGCCGGCUGCGUCCUGAUGGCCGCGAAAGCCUUCCGACUCCCCGACCAGGUCCACCAACCCACCCUGAUCGGCUUGAUAUGAUCCAUGAUCAUCCCGAGCGGACUGGGGACAAUUUCCGUAGGGGUGAUUCAGGGCGGCAGGAAAGAGACGAGCGGAGACCCCUACCAACACGAGCCUUGUCGCCUGCGCGCAUGGAGCCACCGAAUCGGCCGGAACGAUUUCCGUCUGAUGAUCGCCGAUCUGCCAUCUAUUCUCAGCAGCAACUGCGCGGCGAAGAUAUGCCGACAGGACCCCGCAGCGAACGGUUCGGUCGGCAACCCAUCGACUCUGACCCUGGCAUUGACAUGACGGCCGGACGCUUAAGGCAGCCAGAGCCACCGGCCGAUGUGCCCUUAGGUCCCCGCGGCAGGAACAUGUCAGGACGAGGUGGACGCAAUGUGUCCGGCACAUCCCACACUGGUCCCUCAGGUUCUGGCCCUACCGCUGGAACUGCGCCUGAUCGCCAGCCCCCUACAGGCCCUGGUCGUCAGAAUGUUCGAGCUGCGCCUGAUCAGUCCUCUUCAGCGGGCCCUUCAUCGCCUACCACCGAAAAGCUCGACACCAGUGGUAUCCAUCCUGACCGGCUGAAGGUUCUUCAACAACAGCCCAAAGACACUUCCUAUGGGGGCAAUCCUCGCUCGCACCCUCCCCCGUCUCCUGCAUCUGGUGUUCCUCCGUCCGGUCCCAGGGGGACUGCUGGACCCCCUAGUGGGCCAUCAUCUGGCCCUCGCGGCCCACCUUCUGGGCCUGGCUUUGGUGGUGGAGGUGGCGAACGAGGCCGUGGCGACAAACGCUUUGCUGGGAUCAACAACAUGCUACAGCAGUCCGGAGGGCCGCCCGACCGCAAUCCAGGACCUAUGAUUCGUGGUCGGGGUGCCAAUCGACAAUCGGCUGGGGCGAACACUCCCGUAGGCUUGGAGGAGAGUGGUCGCCUUGGCCCUUCUUCUCAAGGGAGACCCGACUUGCUUGCUUCACGGCCAUCAGGAGCAUCAUACCCGGAAGAUGAAAAUCCUCGAAACCGAUUUGGAAAUGGACGAGGCGAGUUGAUGGACGAGAGUGGUUCCGAGAGCCGGCGAUCCAUGCGGUAUUCUUCGGGCGGUAGCUUCAACCAGGAUCGCAACGAUCGAGAGCGAGAACGUGAGCGUCGUGGCGGCGGUGGCGGCGGCGGCGGCGAGGAUGAAGGAUCACGGAGUAGCUCUCGACGGGAGGAGCAUCGGGAUCGUACACGCGAUUAUGAGCGUGAGCGCAGCCGUCGCAGCGAUGCUGGAGCGGGCACUCCGCGCGAAGAGCGCUUCGAGUCUCGUGAAGUUUCCCGGCGGGGUGCUGGAGCACGCGAGGACAAUCGGCGACGACGUGACCGUGAAGAAGGAUCGGACCUUGCCCCGAGCAGUCAAGACCACGAAGGACGUCUCAGGCCACCAUCAUCCCUUGGAGGACAACCUCCACCUCCACCGCCACCACCUGCUGGCGCAGAGGAGGAGCCACGACGCUGGAGCGGUGGGCGGGAAGGGCGAGACCGGGACCGCGAUCGCAGAGGUGAUCGCCAGCGAGAUCGGGAAUAUCAUCGUGACGGUGCUGGCGGAGGGCCUCAUCGUAAGCGCAAUCGACCGGGAGACGACGGAACUCAUGGCGAGGGAGCCGGACGAGGAGGAAUGCGCAUGGGUGGUGAAAGCAAGCGACCACGACGUGGGGGUUAG